CAUCUUCAAAGAGCAAAGUUCACUCACGCAUAACGUCUCUAUAGUUCCGUUACUGAGAACAGGUCCGCGCUAUUUGAGCACGCGCGCGUAUUUCCAUCUGCAUUUGGAGUCGUUUUAAGUUGAAUCGACGAUGAUAUAUCUGUCUUUACCAGUUACCAUGCAUCUGAUCGAGAACUGAAAUGAUCUGGUGGUCAACCAGUGUCGCUUUAUACCGAGUUGUGUCCCCUGGAAGGUGUCUGCUGUGGAUUUCCCGGCAGGAAAAGAAAUAUUUUUGCGCCAGUAGUUUCAAGAUGGCACCAAAAUCAGUUUGCAUUGUCGGAUCCGGGAACUGGGGGUCAGCAAUAGCUAAGAUUAUUGGAAAUAAUGUCCAGAAACAGCCAGAUGUGUUUGCGAGAACGGUGAAGAUGUACAUGUAUGAGGAGAUGGUGGAUGGACGGAAACUGACAGAGAUCGUCAACACUGACCAUGAGAAUGUCAAAUAUCUCCCAGGAAUAAAGCUUCCUGAAAAUGUGGUGGCUAUCCCAGAUGUGAAAGAGGCAUGUACAGGGGCGGACAUGUUGGUUUUUGUCCUCCCCCAUCAGUUUGUCAAGAAGGUGUGUGAGCAGAUGAAGGGGAACAUCAAACCAGGGGCUGUCGCCAUUUCCAUGAUCAAGGGAUUUGACAUAUCAGGAGGAGGUAUUCAGCUGAUAUCUAACAUCAUAGCCAAGGAACUAGGUACUGAGUGUGCUGUUCUCAUGGGUGCUAAUCUUGCUAAAGAAGUUGCAGAGGAGGAAUUCUGUGAGACAACGAUAGGAUCUAAGACAGACUCAACUGGCCAGCUGUUCAAGGACCUAGUGGAAGCUCCAUAUUUCAGAGUGGCAGUGGUGAAGGAUGCAGACACAGUGGAGAUGUGUGGAGCUCUCAAGAACGUGGUUGCCAUCGGCGCUGGCAUUGUGGAUGGCAUCAAACAAGGAGACAACACUAAGGCGGCUGUCAUUCGGCUUGGGCUAAUGGAAAUGAUCAAGUUUGGUGAAGAGUUUUUUCCAGGGUCAAAGAGAAAUACCUUCUUUGAGAGUUGUGGCAUCGCUGACUUGGUAGCUACCUGCCAUGGUGGACGCAAUCGCAUGUUGGGGGCAGCAGUUGUGGAGUCUGACAAGUCAAUUAAAGUUCUGGAGAAGGAGAUACUGAAGGGUCAGAGUUUCCAGGGACCUCUUGUUGCCAGGGAGGUAUAUGCUAUGCUGGAAGAAAAGGGACUGUGUGACAAGUUUCCAAUGUUUGUAGCAGUACACAAGAUUUGUCAGCGAGAGAUGGACCCGAAGCUCUUCAUAUCUUGCCUCAGGAGUCACCCAGCACACUUGUAGAAGAGACGACUCUCCACACGGAGCAGCAGCCAUGUUGAACAAAGGCAGAUACUUACUAUAAUGCACACAGAUUAGGAUGAUGUCUCAAGUUGUUUUGUGGAGAACUGUAGUCGAUCAGGGUACACACUUGAUCUCAUGCUGUAUUGACGUCACCAGUGAAGUAUCAGUAAAAUGGACAGUCAGGAACUGAACCGGUGGAUAAAGUGGAACAGUAUUUGUAGGACAUGUCAUAUAUUGAUUACAGAGAUACAUGUUCUGAUGAGAUUACAAGACAACGAUACAGGCGUGAUGGGCGUCAGCUGCUAAGCAUUGACAAAACAAUACUGGUAUUAUGAGCACUGUUACCAGGGAACUGUUUCAUUCAUGAAGACAUCUGCUGAUACAUAAAUUGAUAUAUGUGCAUCCUUCCCAGUGUGUGGCAGUGUGAUUUAGCUAAUGACCCAUUCUCAUUACUUCCAGCUGCUAGGGAUGGCUGUGUAUACUAGUUAAUUAAGUUAGUUAGCUGUUGCCAGUAGUAUCAGUUAGUGGACUAGUUCCUGGAGACCUGUCACUAACUCUAAUGUCACCUUAACCUAGCAGGCAUGAGGUGUGUGUCAGAUGAGGCUUGCAUUGCAACACUUACAUGAGCAGGUAGUUUCUAAAACAUACCAGUCCUUGUCAGAAAUAUUUACACAAAAGAUCACGGGUGAAUAUUUGGGGGAAUUUGUUAAGUGUAGCUAUCAUUUAUAUAACCCUAUACUCUAUAAGAAGUGAAUCUUGUUCCAGUACAUGUUUGUGAAUAAGUACUCAAACAAAGUUAUAAGGACCACCCAUUUCCAUCAUGCUGAUAUGGUUAAUUUGUCAUGCUAUCGGGACAACCUAAUUCUUUCAUAUUACUUUUGUUAAUUUGCAAUACCUUGACAUAUUUAGCUAUAGUAAUACUUUUGUUAGUUUGCAAUACUUUUGGACAGUUUACAUACUGUUCAUGUCCUCUUCAUUUAUGAGACAAGGUUUGUUGUAUAUGAUAUUGGUCUAUUGUAAUCUUGAUCAACGGUCAUGACUGAUUCAUUCUCUUGAUUAGACCCAUUGCAAUUAUCAGUAAAUGAAUUGACGCUUCAGUUGAUAUACAUAAGAAAGAAUGAUCCUGUGUAUCUUGUGAAACUGGCGUUAGUGGAAACUCAGCUAAUCUUGAAACUGCUUCAAGUCUGUAUUGUGAACUCACUCAAAUAGACCAUUGACCUGAUGCUGCUAUUACAGACUGAUGAGGAAGUAAAACGAUAAUGUGUAAUAGCUCUUGUAUUAACUUUUGUUUUUGUUUUGUUGUGUUUGUAAAACAAGAGUUUUUAGUCUGGUGCUUGCACAAAGGUUUCCAUUGUUGUUGCCGGGCUGUGGGUGUGGGAGCGCAGCAAGGAGCUCACAAAAUAUUGGGCUCAACAUUUUUUACAUAUUUUGCAUAUUUCAGUUGGCCAUGACAGUGUCUUCUCCUUUAGGAUAUUGGUGUACUUAUAUCCUUUUUGUCAGUGUAUAUGCUGAAUUUACUUGGUGCCAUACCUCAUAAGUAAUGUAACCAUUUUGAUGUGUU